AUGUCUCAUCAACUUGAUCCAGGUGCGGAUCGUGUACUACGGCCUCGUCCGACGCGAGUCAAUGGUGCUUCGAAAACACAGAGCAACGGCUUCCACAAGGGCAGCUCAAAUCUAGCAGAAACAACGCGAAGUCGAGAAAGCACUCCAUUGCCUGAAGAUGCGCCCCCUUCAGCGCAGUCUAUUUCCGCUGCGAGACAGGUUGCAAGGGCGUCUGCGAAGAAGCGGUUGUUCCACACCAUAAAGUAUGAGCCACGAGCUUCCCACUUCGAUCCUCAGAGUGAAUACAGCGACUUUAGAGGUUUCUUCGUCCUCUUCUGGAUGUCGCUAGGCAUCAUGGUUAUCACGACUGCACUGAAAAAUAUCAAGGAGACGGGGUAUCCUUUGCGGACACAGGUCUACGAGUUGCUCUCAAGAAAUGUCCUCACAUUGGCUUUCGCCGAUGGACUGAUGGUUCUCAGUACUGCCGCAAGUGUGUACUUCCAGAAGAUAUUCCGCAAUUCGAAAGGUAUUCUCCAAUGGCGCAAAGCUGGCUUCUGGAUACAAAGCAUCUACCAGGCCAUCUGGCUCUUCAUCUGGGUAGAGUGGCCCUUCGUCCUUGAGUGGACUUGGACAGCUCAGGUCUUCUUUGCCUUGCACACACUCACCUUCCUCAUGAAGAUGCACAGCUACGCCUUUUACAAUGGCCACCUUUCCGAAACAGAACGUCGUCUACGUGCGCUCGAUAGGCCAGAUCCGUCGCAAUCACUUGAGAAAGCUGUCAUCUACCCAACCUCUCCUGCACGCCUGCGCCAGCUGAGUACCGAUUCAUCUUCCUCCUCCGAGCACGAGAAAGCAGAAGAGCAAGCUGAAAAAGAGAGAGAAGCUCUUACUGAAUUGCGCCAUAAUCUAGCCACAGAACUGACGUCCCCCAUGGGUAAUGUGACAUUUCCACAGAAUCUAACUUUCGCCAAUUAUGCCGACUAUGUUCUAUGCCCUACACUCUGCUACGAACUCGAAUAUCCACGAACAUCACACAUUCGCUGGCUAGAGGUCUUCUACAAAACACUUGCAGUCUUUGGCUGCAUUUUCCUUAUGACCGUUGUGUCAGAAGAGUUCAUCACUCCAAUCUUAGCAGAUGCAACUAUACGCCUACGUGUCACACCUGGUUUCUCGGACAAAGCCCUCAUCUUGGCAGAAUCAAUAAGUCUCAUGCUCUUCCCUUUCAUGAUUGAAUUCCUCCUCACCUUCCUCACCAUAUGGGAAUAUGCCCUGGGUGCCUUCGCCGAACUCUCCUGCUUCGCCGAUCGACACUUCUACUCGGACUGGUGGAAUUGCGAAGACUGGCUCGAAUUCAGCAGAGAGUGGAACAUUCCAGUGUACAAUUUCCUCAAACGGCACGUCUUCUUCGCUACCAAGGCAUACACAAAUACCUCAGUGGCUAUGAUCAUGACAUUCCUCAUCAGCAGUUUCGGUCACGAGCUGAUCAUGGGCUGUAUCAGCAUGAAGUUGAGGGGUUAUGCCAUUUUUGCGAUGAUGUUACAGUUGCCGAUUGUGGCUAUACAGAGAAGCAAAUUUGUGAGAGGGAGGUGGAUUUUGAAUAAUGCUUGCUUUUGGGGCAGUAUGAUUCUGGGAAUCAGCUCUAUGGCUUCCCUUUAUGUGCUAGUAUGA